UCCCCGCCCCAGGACUGCAAGAUGCCCGGCGAACAGCAGGCAGAGGAAGAGGAGGAGGAGGAGAUGCAGGAAGAGAUGGUGCUGCUGGUGAAGGGUGAGGAGGAGGAGGGCGAGGAGAAGUAUGAGGUGGUGAAGCUCAAGAUCCCCAUGGACAACAAGGAGGGACGUAUACAUGUCUUCGUCAGUCAAAGCCACAUGGCUGAUUCCAACUCAUCAAGCGCCUGCCGGACCCUGACAGUUUUAGGUUUUCGUUGUCCAUGUCCAGCUGGAGGUAACUGCAGAAGAAAAGAGAUCCUGGGCCAUCUUCCCUAUAAUUAAAAAGCAGGGAUCUAGGGUCUGGCAGCAGCGUGACUGAAGGCGGUAACAGACAUGUCUUCUGUUUACAAAGCUUACUCUGUCCAUCUUCCUACCCAGUUAAGUCGCAUCAGCCCGCCGACACUGGCGCCUGGCCCAUUGGCGUUUCCUCUCUUCUUUCCUAUAGUGGACCGGUGCUUGUGGCCUCUCUACCUUUUGAAUGAGCUAAUCCUCUGGUUUUAGACAAAGGGCCAGCUCUCAGCUUUCUUCCUGUGGCUAUCCUGCACUCCUUCCGUCUCAUUUCCUUUCAUUUCCUGUUCCCUACAAACCUCACCUCCCUCAAUAAAUCUAUCCAUUUAAAAGAAAAACGUUUAUAAUGAGGAAAGCUUGAAAAGAAAUGACAUCGA